CACAGUCCUGGCUGCGGGAGUCGAGUCGCAGUCGCCGCCAGCGGACGGGGCGGGGAUCUUGGUGCCAGGUCCUCGUCAACCCGCCCCCGCAGCCUCAGACAGCCUUCCCAGGCUGGGCCCGACCGUCAUGGAGCGGGGCGGGACCUCCGCCUGUUCCGUGUGAGGCGCUUCGCUGCCACCGGCGCCUUCGCCUCUCCAGGCCUCCGAAACCCCCGCCGCGGCCCGGAGCCCCUUGCCUUGGCCGCUCUCGCCGCCCCCAGUCAGGCUCGAAUGCGCGUCCUUUGAAGGUGCAGGCCCGGCGCCGCCACUGCCGCAGCCAGGAGAUGGUUCGGGCCUAGCGGAGCCGGGACUGGAGGGAAUCUAGAGCAACAGCAAAGCUGAGGUCAAACUGCCAUAAGGAUGGACCCCAAGGAAGCUGUGUUUGGGACAAAAAGAAAUCAAGAUAAGCAACAUGAACCGUGAAGACCGGAAUGUGCUGCGUAUGAAAGAACGGGAAAGGCGGAAUCAGGAAAUUCAGCAGGGUGAAGACGCCUUCCCACCUAGCUCUCCUCUCUUUGCUGAGCCAUACAAAGUUACUAGCAAAGAAGAUAAGUUAUCAAGUCGUAUUCAGAGUAUGCUUGGAAACUACGAUGAAAUGAAGGAUUUCAUAGGAGACAGAGCUAUACCAAAGCUUGUCGCAAUUCCCAAGCCUGCAGUGCCACCACCACCGGCAGAUGAAAAAUCUAACCCAAAUUUCUUUGAACAGAGACAUGGAGGCACUCAUCAGAGUAGCAAAUGGACUCCAGUAGGACCUGCACCCAGUACUUCUCAGUCUCAGAAACGGUCCUCAGGCUUACAGAGUGGACAUAGUAGCCAGCGGACCAGUGCAAGUGGAAGUAGCAGCAGUAACAGUAGUAGCCAGAGACAUGACCGUGACUCAUAUAGCAGUAGUGGGAGUAGUAGUCGGAAAAAAGGCCAGCAUGGAUCAGAAUACUCCAAAGCACGUUCUUCUAGCCCUGGAAAGCCCCAGGCUAUUUCUUCGUUAAGUUCCAGUCAUUCCAGGUCUCAUGGGAAUGAUCACCAUAGCAAGGAACAUCAGCGUUCCAAAUCACCUCGGGACCCUGAUGCAAACUGGGAUUCUCCUUCCCGUGUACCUUUUUCAAGUGGGCAGCAUUCAAAUCAGUCUUUCCCACCUUCAUUGAUGUCAAAGUCUAGUUCAAUGUUACAGAAGCCCACUGCCUAUGUGCGGCCCAUGGACGGACAGGAGUCCAUGGAACCAAAGCUAUCCUCUGAACACUACAGCAGCCAGUCCCAUGGCAACAGCAUGACAGAGCUGAAGCCCAGCAGCAAGGCACAUCUUACCAAGUUGAAAAUACCUUCCCAACCACUGGAUGCAUCAGCUUCUGGUGAUGUGAGCUGUGUAGAUGAAAUUCUAAAAGAGAUGACGCAUUCAUGGCCUCCCCCUCUAACGGCUAUUCAUACACCAUGCAAAACAGAACCUUCCAAAUUUCCUUUUCCUACCAAGGAAUCUCAGCAGUCCAAUUUUGGCCCUGGAGAACAAAAAAGAUACAAUCCUUCUAAAACUUCAAAUGGGCACCAGUCUAAAUCUAUGUUAAAAGAUGACUUAAAACUAAGCAGCAGUGAAGACAGUGAUGGGGAACAGGAUUGUGAUAAGACAAUGCCAAGGAGUACACCAGGAAGUAACUCUGAACCUUCACACCAUAAUAGUGAAGGAGCAGAUAACUCCAGGGAUGAUUCUAGUAGCCACAGUGGAUCUGAAAGCAGCUCUGGAUCUGAUUCGGAGAGUGAAAGUAGUUCCAGUGACAGUGAGGCAAAUGAGCCAUCCCAGAGCGCAUCUCCUGAGCCUGAACCACCACCAACGAACAAAUGGCAACUUGACAAUUGGUUGAAUAAAGUGAACCCACAUAAAGUGUCACCAGCUUCUUCAGUGGAUAGUAACAUCCCAUCAUCUCAAGGCUACAAAAAGGAAGGCCGAGAGCAGGGUACUGGGAAUAGCUACACUGAUCCAGGUGGACCUAAAGAAACAAGUUCCACUACUCCUGGACGAGACUCCAAAACCAUUCAAAAGGGAUCAGAAAGUGGGCGUGGAAGGCAGAAAUCUCCUGCACAGAGUGACAGCACAACACAGAGGAGAACUGUAGGCAAAAAGCAACCCAAAAAGGCUGAGAAGACAGCUGUGGAUGAGCCUCGUGGAGGCCUGAAGAUAGAAAGUGAAACCCCUGUCGAUAUAGCUACCAGCAUGCCCUCCAGCCGACACAAAGCCGCCACCAAAGGCUCAAGGAAACCCAAUAUAAAGAAGGAGUCUAAGUCUUCCCCUCGACCUACAGCAGAGAAAAAGAAAUACAAAUCCACGAGUAAAUCUUCCCAGAAAUCAAGGGAAAUCAUAGAAACCGAUACCUCUUCUUCUGAUUCAGAUGAAAGUGAGAGCCUUCCUCCUUCUUCACAAACUCCUAAGUACCCAGAGAGCAAUAGGACUCCUGUUAAACCCUCCUCAGUGGAGGAAGAAGAUAGCUUUUUCCGGCAACGAAUGUUCUCUCCUAUGGAAGAGAAGGAACUUCUUUCCCCCCUCAGUGAGCCUGAUGAAAGGUAUCCACUUAUUGUGAAGAUUGACCUGAAUCUCUUGACUAGAAUACCAGGAAAGCCUUACAAAGAAACAGAGCCACCCAAGGGGGAAAAGAAAAAUGUGCCGGAAAAGCACACAAGAGAAGCUCAGAAACAAGCCUCAGAAAAAGUUUCCAACAAAGGCAAGAGGAAGCAUAAGAAUGAAGAUGAUAGCAGAGCCAGUGAGAGCAAGAAACCCAAAACAGAGGACAAGAAUUCAGCAGGCCAUAAGCCAUCUAGCAACAGAGAGUCAUCUAAGCAGAGUACUACAAAAGAAAAGGAUUUGUUACCUUCUCCUGCUGGGCCUGUUCCUUCAAAAGAUCCCAAAACAGAACACAGCUCUCGGAAGAGAACUAUUAGUCAGUCUUCUUCCUUAAAGUCAAGCAAUAACAGCAGCAAGGAGAAUAGUGGCAGCAGCAAAAACAGUUCCUCCACAUCCAAGCAGAAGAAGACUGAAGGGAAGACUUCCAGUAGUUCUAAGGAGGUUAAGGAAAAGGCUCCAAAUAGCUCCUCUAACUGUCCUCCAUCUGCACCAACUCUUGAUUCUUCUAAGCCUCGGCGAACAAAGCUUACCUUUGAUGACAGUGAAAGUUUGCAUUGCAGGAAUUAUUCAGCAGACCAUUAUUUACAAGAAGCAAAGAAGCUAAAGCACAAUGCAGAUGCAUUGUCUGAUAGGUUUGAGAAAGCUGUAUACUAUCUUGAUGCUGUGGUAUCUUUCAUUGAAUGUGGGAAUGCAUUAGAGAAAAGUGCUCAGGAAUCCAAAUCCCCAUUCCUUAUGUAUUCAGAAACGGUGGACCUCAUCAAAUACACAAUGAAGCUAAAGAAUUACUUGGCACCAGAUGCUACAGCUGCAGAUAAAAGACUCACAGUACUUUGCCUGCGAUGCCAGUCUUUGCUAUACCUGAGGCUGUUCAAACUAAAGAAGGAAAAUGCUUUGAAGUAUUCAAAGACACUGACGGAGCACCUGAAGAAUUCUUACAAUAAUUCUCAAGCACCAUCACCUGGCUUGGGAAGCAAAGCUGUUGGGAUGCCUUCUCCUGUUUCUCCAAAGCUUUCACCAGGCAAUUCAGGAAAUCAUUCUUCUGGAGCCACUAGUGCUUCAGCAAGUGGUUCUUCAGUAACCAUUCCGCAGAGGAUCCACCACAUGGCAGCCAGCUAUGUUCAGGUUACAUCCAACUUCCUCUAUGCCACCGAAAUUUGGGACCAAGCUGAACAGCUUUCCAAAGAGCAAAAAGAAUUCUUUGCUGAACUGGAUAAAGUAAUGGGCCCUCUCAUCUUUAACGCAAGCAUCAUGACAGAUCUAGUUCGUUACACCCGGCAGGGACUGCACUGGCUUCGCCAGGAUGCCAAGUUGAUAUCUUGAACUGAACACAUUCUCGUUGCCUCUGAUUUUCUCCACAACACUGUGUCACAUCACGAAGGAAAACUGCCAUACCACGCCACCUAGUCGACACUAAGAAUAAGGAAUGGUUUUCUCCUCCUUGGUUCAUGUGUUGUUUUUAUAACCCAAUGCCAUCAUGUCGAUUGGCCCCUUUAAUAUUCCCAAUGUGAAAAAUUAUUUAAAUGCUUUUAAAUCUGCAGCACAUUGGUAAGAUGGUUUCAGUGAUCUGUAAUAAGAUCGAAAUUCCAGUUGCAAUUCAUAACUAAUCAGUUGAAAUUAUAUUUAUUUUAAUUUUUUUAAGUUCCCAGAUUGGGGCUAGUUUAAAACUUAGUUAUUUCUGUCUGUAAAUUUACUUUGUUGAAUAUUUAGCAUAAAUUUAAGGUAGACAUUUUUAUUUAUAUACUUUGGGAGAUUUGUUACCUAAUGUCUUUGUGGUAGCUCUUCUAAGAGUAAGAAUUGGUUCACCUAAAAUAGGACAUCUUCUUUUUACACCUACUACCUGAUGUUAUUAUUUGAAAUCUUAACUACAAUUUUCUUAUUGUAGACUUUAUGGUAUUAAGGAUAUUCUUCUACACAUGAAAAAUCACUUAUAUAUGUGAGAAGAUUGGCAUUCAACGUGGAUGUAAGAUGAAAUGUGUCUGAUUUGAUAUGCAUUAUUUCAUAAACUGUGAAUGUGUGUUAAUAACACUACAGCAAUCACAAGGUGACUAUUCCUUGCAUUUAAUGCAUUACAAAAGAGGGCAGGCAAACUUUGUAGAAGAUGCAUAUCAUGUUGAAGUUUCAUAAAAGGACAAUCUUGAACUUCAUGGAUUUUAUUAAAACAAUGUUUUGUUUUUUUAAGAGAUGGGAUCUUACUGUGUUGCCCAGGCUGAUCUUGAACUCCUGGGCUCAAGCAAACUUCCCAAGUAGCUGGGAUUACAGGUGUGAGUAAGCCAGCAUAACAGGUGCACACAGUAUGCCCAGCUCGUGUGUUCCUUUUUGUUGCUAAUCAUUUGAUACCUAAUGGAAACAAUACGUGACUGUGGGGAAAAAAGGAUGAUCCAACUCCUGAGGAUUGCUGCCUGUGUCUCUUUAAUUGAUAAUGUUUGAAGGUUAAAAUCUUAUUUAGAUUUUUGUUUUCCUCCUACUAGAUUGUGAUGCUCUGAUACGUGCAUACAGUGACUGAUGUACAAAUGGGCUGGAGCUUUGGUGUAUGUGCUUUUGGUAUACAACUUACAGUUCUAAUGCCUGAUGUAGAGAUGAUGAAUUUUUCCUUUUAAAGUCUGUGUUGUAUUUAUUCCCUUUGUAUUAUGAAGGCCCUCAUCAAUGAUGUAUGUUUCUGAUGGGAUCAGAAAAUUCACACUAGGAAAGUACCUAACUUGGUUUAAUGUGAGCUGUCUUGGGAAAGGGAGGGGAACGGGGAUAGAGCUUAAGAAGCCAGCUCUGUAAGAGUUGUAUAUCUGAGUACCUUUCCCUACAAGGUGCAUAUAGGAGUCAAAGGUAAGACGUUUACCCUCUAUAUAUACUUUGUUUUUAAUGCCCCUAUCAUAUAUGGUGUGCCUUAAAUCUUACCUUUAAAUGAAGACUCUAUGGAUUGUUUACAGAUAAAGUUUUACACUAGGACCAGAUUGUUCAUAACUGGUUGGUCUUCUACAGUAAUAAUGUUAAAUUCUCUUCCUCUUAAAUCUUCCUUUAGGGUCACAUAAAGAUUAAGUCUUUUAGAAAAGCUAAUGCUUUAAUACAUGACUUAGUCUAACCAAUUGGGUGAUGCUGCUUAAAAAAACAAUUUGUCCUUCUUCCCAUUCCAAAAAUAAACCCAUCCAUUGAGAGAAGAAAAUAAAAAACAUUGCCCCACUAUUUGUAGUUGAUUGCUAAGGCUUGAAAUGGGAAAGGGGGAAGAAGGGAUAGAAAAGCUCCCAGUCCAAUGGUGCAGUGAAUCUUUUGUGUGUGAGUCUUUUUUUUUACUCUUAUUUCUGAAGCUAGUGUACUUCAUUGUCCUGUGGCCUCAUAUUUAUAGAGCUUCUUAAUUGUUUUGUACCUCAAGUUGUUUUUACAUCACUGAAGAUGGAAAUAUACAAAUUAUGUUGAAUUUAAUCUUUUUCCUUUGGAUAAAUUGCCUCUGAUACCUUUUUAAUUUAAUCUUAGUGUGUUCUAGGAACAGUUUUCCUUAAGAGAACAACUCAGCGAUCAUGAUAGCUGUUUAGUAAGAAAUAACUUUUGUUAAGCAGGUACAUGUAUGUCCUGUCCUGAUUUCUCUGAUUCCUUAAUUUGCAGUGAUGUCUUAGAAGUGGAAAAAGUAUCCUAUGGGGUUUUAGACUUUCAACAACAGCCAGUGGGGCACCUCUCAGUUCUAGUGUAUUCUAGUCUCUUGUGUGUCCUGAAAGGCAGCAGGAGCACUUCUUGGGUCACACUGAUAACUUUGUUAAAGCCGAAUUUCCUGCAUGUUUUAUGGUGCUGCUCUAUAAGAUAUUUUCUCUUUAAAAUGAUGUUAAUUCUUAGAGAAUGAAUUUUUUAAGCUUUUCAUUGUGGAGGGUUUUUCCCACAAGAUAGUAAUGGGUGGUGGAUCAAAAUCUUAUUCUAAAUAAUUGAACUUUCAUUGUCAAAGCUGUGGAAAUACUACUCUGUAUCCUCCGUGUCUGUCUUCUCAAGUGUCCUGUCUGUGUCAUCAAUCUGCUCUAGCACAUUCUUUGGACUCCUUUACAGGUGACCAUUCCUCCCUCCUCAGUAGGUGUCCUCAGUGUUUUCUAACCAUUUAAAACUGAAUUUGACAAGUGGCUAAAAACUUAGUCUAAGACUUGUACUUAAUAUAUAGUUAAUUAUAGAAAUACUAUAUAGCAACUAUUUUAACAAUUACUCUGUUGACUGCUCUUUACAACCACACUUGUGUGCCAGAAGGCAGCAUCCUACACAUUGGACUCUUUACAAUGGAUGAAGUUGUCAAAGUAGUCUUGCCUGGGCCAGGCUGUGGGGAGCAAUCCCUUUCAGGUGAUUCAGACUUUCACAGCUCGGUCCAGGCUCUAGUCUGGCUGGAGAGCAUCCAGUCCAUUCCUUGCCUCAGUGCCACCUUUUUCUGGGCAAGUAGCCAAGAACCAACUACAUAAGCAUGAGUACUUUCAGAUAAAUUUACAGCUAUAGCUGCCGAAGACUGGAGAAGUUUGACCACCACUGAUUUAAUUCUCCAGUGUAAAAGCAAUUUAGCGUAAUGUGUGCACGUGCCCACACGCGCCUGUGUUUCUGGAAAGCUUUUGCACAGAUAGAUCCCUAGGCAUCUGGGCUGCACCUUGAGUGUCACACUUGUGGCUUUAUUAGAUUCACAGUUUUUUUUUAAAUUGUUGUUCAUUUCUUUUCAUUCAAGGUUUAAUCAGCGUGGUCAGACAGCAUCAUUUUGUAUUUAAUGACUGAAACUUUGGUACAUUAACUUAAUGAACGAGCUUGCAUCAUGAAGCACGAGCCUAUGGAAGGCAACUGUUAUAAAUGAAAAUGCUAGCUCUGGAGGCCAGUGCUCUGUGGAGUUUCAGAGCCGCCGGUGAUUGUUCCACUCAGUGAUGCCUAGUUAUGUAGAGGAGGGGUACACUGUGCACUCUUCUAGGUGUGAGGGUAUGCAACUUUGGAUCUUAAAAUUAUGUACACAUACACACUUUAUAUAUAUGUACGUAUGUAUGAAAACAUGAGAUUAGUUCGUCAAAAAUGUGUGUGUUUAGUAUUUUAGCUUAGUGCAACUAUUUCCACAUUAUUUAUUAAAUUGAUCUAAGACACUUUCUUGUCGACACCUUGAACAUUAAUGUUCAAGGGUGCAAUGUGUAUUCCCUUAGAGUGUUAGAGCUUAAUUACUAUGAUUUGUAGUAAAAUGACUAUUAAAAUACAUUUGAGUCCUUCUGUAGUGUAAUAGGGCUCUUACAGGGUGGGAAGGAUUUUAAUUUUCCAGUUGCUAAUUGAACAAAAUGGCCUCAUUGUGUAUUUUGAUUCAUAGGAGUUUGUGUCUGGGUCCCAGGAUCAUCUGCUGGAGAUGACUGUUCUGGCACUGUGGUGAUGUUUUUUAAAAAAACUUAAGUAACUUGGGGAGCCAGAGCAUUUCAAAUCCAUAUAGACUCCUAUAACUCAUAUUUCCUACAUGGAACACAGAUUUCAUUUUGACUUUAUGCAUCAGUGUGUUGGAGAGGCAGACUUUUUUCUAGUAAUAUUGUACAUCCAAGGUUGCUAUUCAGUAAAAUUGAUUAAAGAGCUAAUUAUUGAACAGCUUUGAAUAUGUAGUGACAAGAGAGCAAGUUGUUCAUGUUUGUUGAGCACAUCUUUCACAUAUUCACUAACGGAGAAAUUCAUUUUAGACCUCUAGACCAUCUACUAAGGUGCUGGUCUUAUUGAGCUCCUAUUCAUAUGAAACUCUAGGGUUAAUUCAAAAGAACUUGCUAUCUCCAGUAAAGAGAGGAAGAAUAGCAAUCUCUUUUAAUGGAAUUUGGUCACAGAAUGAGGUAUUGCAGUUUUAAGUCUAAAGCAAGUCUUAGAGAUCUUUAAGCAUUGUAAAAUAGCAACCUUAGUAGUCACAACAUAAACAGUUGACUUUGGGAAUGUCAGCAUAGACCUCUCCCUGUCACCAUUGUUCAGCUAAGCAUAACUUGCCAUUCUUAAAACAAAAACAAAAAAAGCUUUCUAAACGUGGAAAAGCUCCCACCCAGAAAUUGUAGUUAUAUUCAGUUUUUUGACCUCUUACUGCUUCCAUGUGGGGUUUCUUUUCAGCUUUUAACCAUUGGAAUUUUCUACCUGUUAUGUUCCUCUCUGGAAAAUAUCUAUUUGGAAAUGCUGCCUUUCAAAUCAAUGCCAUGGUUAUCCAUACUGUUGAGUUUGUUGUUGCUGUUCAAGAAGUGUUCCCAUUUUACAACUUUAUGCACACACCUGGCAGAUCAUUGACAUUUGCAUUCAACAGUACUAAGAUGGGGUGGGGGGGGGGCUCACCAACAGAGUUGGCCUAAUUGACAGUGCCUGAAAAGGCACCACCUUUGAGGGCCAGCUGUGUGGUUGGUAAGCACAGUUAUGAAAAUUUGUAUCUAGCCUCCUUUUUGAAUUGUUUUAGGAAAUUUUGUAUAUGGAGGAUAGAAAUACUUAUAUAUUUAUUGAAAAUCCUUUUAUUUGAGAUUAAAAUUAUUUGGUAAAUAAUGGUUUGAUAUUUGGGGAGUAUUUUGGAGGGGAGGAAAUACUGCCAGUAAAUUAAAAGCCUAUUGAUUCUGCAGAAAGGUACUGUUAGUGACUGAUAGGAUGCCUUUGUUUUGUACAUGAUCCAAAUCUGUAUUUUACAUUUCUUUUUUUUUGCAGUUUUUGGCCAGGGCUGGGUUUGAACCCACCACCUCUGGUAUAUGGCGCUGGCACCCUACUCCUUGUGCCAUAGGCGUCGCCUGUUUUACAUUUCUUUUACCCAAAAUAUUUAGGCAUCUGACAUUUUCAACCAAAAUUUCAAUUAUAUACUGUGAUUUUUAUUUGUUGCAAUACAUUAAAAUUUCAGAGGUACUUUGGGGCUUAAAAGCUAGGAUUUCUAAGUCAGUAUGUGCAUUUCACAUAAUAAAGCUGUUAAUGGUGAGCAAAGUAUUAUAUACUAACUAGAUUUUUCCACAUCUGUAUAGUAUAUUAUAUGUAUUUUGUGGUAUUGAAAUUAUAGAAAGUUUAGAGUGUCAAACAUGCGUUUAAUGUGUAUUUUUAAACAAAUUUAUGGCAAUUAAAAUAUUUGGAGAACAAGGGUAUCACAUUUCAAUUUGUAAAGAUCUUUUUAACUCUACUGUGUCAUUAAAAUGCUUUGUAUAAUGCCAAACCAUAGCUGGAGAAACUAAGUUUAAUAAAUAUCAAAUAGAUUUUCUGUAUUAAAGUUUAUAAACACUG